AUGGCUUGUCUUGGAGUCCAGAGGUUCAAGGCUCAGCUGCAGCUGAGGAUUUGGCCCUUUGUAGCCCUGCUUGCUCUUCUCUUCUUCCCGAUCUUCUCCAAAGCCAUACAGGUGACCCAACCUUCAGUGGUGCUGGCCAACAGCCACGGUGUCGCCAGCUUCCCAUGUGAAUAUUCAUCUUCACACCACACUGAUGAGGUCCGGGUGACAGUCCUGCGGCAGACAAACGACCAGAUGACUGAGGUCUGUGCCACGACAUUCACGACGAAGAACAAGCUGGGCUUCCUAGAUGAUCCCCUCUGCAGCGGUACCUUCAAUGACAGCAGAGUGAGCCUCAGCAUCCACGGACUGCGAGCUGCUGACACUGGACUGUACGUCUGCAAGGUGGAACUGAUGUACCCACCGCCAUACUGUGUGGGCAUGGGCAACGGAACCCAGAUUUAUGUCAUUGAUCCAGUGUCAUGCCCAGAUUCCGACUUCCUCCUUUGGAUCCUUGCUGCGGUUAGUUCGGGGUUGUUUUUUUACAGUUUCCUGGUCACCGCUGUCUCUCUGAGCAAAACGCUAAAGAAAAGAAGUCCUCUUACAACAGGGGUCUAUGUGAAAAUGCCCCCAACAGAGCCAGAAUGUGAAAAGCAAUUUCAGCCUUAUUUUAUUCCUAUCAACUGA